AUGAAGACUGCGCGUAAACCCUCGGGCAACAUAAUGAGGAAAUAUUAUCAGCUGAUUCUUGUUGUUGUGUGUUUUGUAAGUGUAGUAACUCUCCUUAUAUAUCGCCACGAAUACUACCGGCUUCGGUAUGUUCUAGAAGUACUCAACUUUUUUGGUAAGCCUGGCUUGUCCGAGAUCGAGUUUUGCGGACCCGGUUUUAAUGCGACCAUGCUGUCUGAAAUACUUCGCAACUCAUCAAUGGAAGUGCGCGAAACUCCGCCUUUAUUUCAAGAAAUCGAUGAAAACUUUUAUUCAUAUUCAUCUUUCCUACGAUCUUAUAACAAAUACGACAAUUUGUCGCCGACAAACGCUCAUGUUAUAGACACGAUCGUCAUAGGCAAGGCCGAUGUAACUCCAAAAUACCGAUGUAAUAUUUGGUUUGAAAAUAGUUCCAAGCCUAAAGCCGGAAGAUUCAACUACAAAAUAGUGUCCGAUGUUAUUAAUAAUUAUCGUUUAUACAUAUUUGAAUGUUCUCUAACCCAAAAUUUCGGAAAACCAAAAGGAAUAAGUUUCUAUUUAAAUGACUAUAAUACUAAUCCAAUGCACGCACCGAUCAGCAAAGUGAUUCAAGUAAAUACGAAGAGAAAACCUCGAGUGAGAAGCAACAUAAGAUUUGUCAAUAAUAUUGAACCAGCAAUAUGUGUCAUACCAAACAGAACACCUAUUGUAUCACGGGACGCCUUUAUUGAAUUCUUGGUAUUUCAUCACUUAAUCGGAGUUGAUUACUUCACAAUAUAUGACAGUAUGAUAUCAGAGGAUGUGAUAAGAAGAUUGAACUUGUUCCCCUCAGAUAUCACUCAGUGGCAAAUACAAUUCUACCCUCUAAACUACCCAUUUUUAUUUUCAAAGUCUUACGAUAUUGUCAGAAAUGCCAUUGAACUUGAUUGCUUGUUCCGACAUUUUAGAUAUGAUAAAGAGGAAUCUAACAAAGUAAGUCAUGUUGCGGUGCUUUCUUGGGAUGAAUUUUUAGUGCCAAGGGUCCAUAAUAAUUUCAAGGAUGUUUUAGAUGAUUUUGAUCCAAUACGAUCACUUAGAACAUAUGUAGUUGAACCAUUAAUGUUUUGCUUGAAUCAACCAGAUGACAUUGAUGCUGAAAUAGGCUAUCCAGAUAUAACAAAGAAAACUCACUACUACACUAUACCUCAGGACACUACACCCGUAAAAAUAAGGAAUUUUGACACUAUGACUUCAUUUGAUGAUCUCUUUAAUCUGACUUCUAAUAUCAAGAAUAUUCCAUUAGACUUACUAGGAGCACAUAAGUAUAAUGUAUGUAGAGAUAGAAAGAAAUUCCACCCAGAAGGUUACAAUGAAACGGAAAUGCAAGUAUUUCCACACAAGUUUGAAGGUGCAAUGCUUAAAUUUGGUCAGAAUUUAGUGAGUAAUAAAAUAUACAGGUUGUACAGAUCUGGCCAAAUUUGGGAGAAGUCAUACAAUGACAAUGUUAGAGAUAUGUUAUAAAUUAAUUAUACUUAUUAUAAUUAUAUUUAUUGAUUAAUUGUUCAUAUCAAAUUAACUAUAUAAAUAUGGGCACAUUAUACUGCCAGGAUUUACAAUUUAGGUGUAAUAAGUUGACAUUUUGUGAUAAUGAUUUUUUCGUGUUGUAAUAGCAACAAGAUAAAUAUAUAAAAAGGAAACUGCAAUUGAAUUUAGCCAAUGUCCUGCAUAUGAAAUGGACCUUAGUAUACGUAGUAGGAUUGACAAUGAAGUAACAGGAUAGAUAAACAAUUAUUAUUAAGUAAAUUAUGCAUUUGUCAGAUAAUAAUUUGUUAUGAUAAUGUUUUUCAUAGGGACCGAUGGUUAGUAAAUGAAUGAGAAUGUGUGCCUUUUUAUAAUGAGGGUAGUUACAUAGUUCUAAUCCAUUCCUAAAUAAAUGUAAUAUAUACUAUGA